AUGAAAGGAUGGUCCAAGGACAGGGGUCGACUGAAAGGGGCACCAACCAGAACUGCCGACGACGAGGGGCGCGACGGACGGCGAGGGGCGAAUGGGAAACGAGACGAGAUUGGCAGUAGUAGGAAGGAAGAGGCGCUAGUGUUGGUGCUCGGUGUGGCGGUCGACGGUCGCUUCGUGGCCACCCACGUGGGCGACGACCGUUACCUCCCCGUCGCGCACGACGCGCUCCUUCACGCGCCACCGCACGCCAACCCGUACUCCAUAGCACAUGGCAACACCAUGGUGCUACUCUUGCACCAAUACGUGCAGCACUCGCACCACUCCCACCACCACCACCAGCAACGCCGCGGCCCCCCAGGCUGCAUGCGCCUCUGCGCUUCCGGCCUCAGCGCCCGCCACCAGCGACAACUGUCUCUCGACGCCCACUCCCCGUCUCCGCUCCACGCGCCGUCUCCCCCACACGCCUACGUGCGCUCUCUCCUUCGCUCUGUGAGCCCGCACAGGGAGGAGUCGCCACUCAUGCAUGCUGCGCGCACUGCCGACCCCCCAUCAGAAUCAUCCUCCCCAGUCGCCUCAUCACCAUUAUCAUCAUCAGCAGCAGCAGCACCCGCAGCAGCGGAAGCGGGAGCAACAGCAACAGCAGCAGGAGCAGCGUGGUCGCAAGUGACAGCAGUGCUGGUGGCUCGGACGUUUCCUGGAGUGCUGGACCGAGGCAAGGGCUAUGCGCUGCUCUCCUCCCUGCUCGACGCCCACGCCCGCCCCCUGCACCACCACUACCAUCUGCUGCCGCAACAAUCCGCACAAGGAGGCGCAUUGGGCGGAGGGGAAGAAGCAGCGGAAGCAGCACACAGAACAGAAUCAGCAGCAGCAGCAACCACGGGUACUAGCAAGGACUCGAAAAUCGACGCUCCGUCGCAAGCAGAGCUUCACCUGAGAGCGCUUGCGGCGCCCCUGCGCGCGCCUGCAGCAGAGGAGGAGCCGCUGCUGCUGUACGCGGACGCGCCUAGGGCGUACCUGGUGCAGCCUGCUGGGCCGGAUGCGCAGGCAGAGCAGGAGAUGCGCGAGAUGAAGGAACAGUCGUUGCGGCAGUUGGAAGAUGAAUUGGAUAUGAUCAAUGAGCUUAUCUGUCAGGAGGAGGCGGAGGAGAAAGAGGCGCAGGAGAAGCAGGUGCAGGAGCGGGGAGGCACCGCGGCCUGCGGAGAUGAUAGUGUGUCUCCUCCAGGUGCGUCAGCUGCUGCUGCUGCUGCUGCAGCGGCCGCUGCUUCGUCGGCAGCAGCGGCAGCGGUGGCGGCUGCUGAAGGGGGAGCAAUGUCAAGGAAGGCAGAAGCAGGCACAUGGGCUGGACUGAAACGAACGGUGCCCAGUUUCAGGGGGGGUUUGGGAGCCAAAGAGCCAAGGAUAGCAGCAGGAGCAGGGAGCUGGUCAGCGGAGGAGCGGCGAGCACGCAGUGCCGAGAUACAAGCCCUGAUGCCCUCCUCUGCGCCCCUCUCCCACGCCCACACCUCCCGUCAGACCUGGGUUGCUGCCGAAUCGCUUGCUGCAGCGGCGGCAGCAGCAGCCGCAGCUGCCGCUGCCCCAGCAGUUGCUGUGAAUGCUGGGAGCCGGAGGGUAGGCCCUCGGUGUCGUUCCUUUCAAGAGACCCAGCGCGGGGAGUAUGUGG